AUGUCUGAUUCUCAAGAAUCUAUGAAGGUCCUAGAAGAACUUUUCCAAAAGUUAUCUGUCGCCACUGCCGAAUCUAGAGAUGAAGUUGCUGCUGAAGUCUCCAGCUUCUUAAACGGUAACAUCAUCGAACAUGAUAUCCCAGAACACUUCUUCAAGGAAUUGAAGAAUGCUGUUAAGGACAAGAAAACCGCUGCCAAUGCUUUACAAACCGUUGCUCACAUUGCCAGUGAAAACAACUUGUCUCCAUCAGUCGAACCAUACGUUGUUGAGAUGAUCCCAGAAGUCUGUGCCAAGACUGCUGACAAGAACGCUGAAACUCAAGCCAUUGCUUCCAAGGCUUUAAUUGCCAUUGUCAAGGCUAUCAACCCAGUUGCUAUCAAGUCCUUAUUACCACAUUUAACUACCUCUUUAGCUGAAACUAAUAAAUGGCAAGAAAAGGUCGCUAUCUUAGCUGCUAUUUCCGAAUUAGUCGAUGCUGCUAAGACCCAAGUUGCUUUAAGAAUGCCUGAAUUAAUUCCAGUUCUUUCCGAAGCUAUGUGGGAUACCAAGAAGGAAGUUAAGGUUGCUGCUACUGCUACCAUCACCAAGGCUACUGAAACUGUCGACAACAAGGAUAUUGAAAGAUUUAUCCCAGAAUUGAUCUCCUGUAUUGCUGAUCCAUCCCAAGUUUCUGAAACCGUCCACUUAUUAGGUGCUACCACUUUCGUUUCUGAAGUUACUCCAGCCACUUUAUCCAUCAUGGUUCCAUUAUUGGCCAGAGGUUUACAAGAAAGAGAAACUUCCAUCAAGCGUAAAGCUGCUGUUAUUAUUGACAAUAUGUGUAAGUUAGUCGAAGACCCACAAGUUGUCGCUCCUUUCUUAGGUAAAUUAUUACCAGGUUUAAAGAACAACUUCGCCACCAUUGCUGAUCCAGAAGCUAGAGAAGUUACUUUAAGAGGUUUAAAGACUUUAAGAAGAGUUGGUAACGUCGGUGAAGAUGACAAAUUACCAGAAGUUUCCCACGCUGGUGAUGUCUCCACCACUUUAGGUGUCUUAAAUGAAUUAUUAAAGGGUCAAGACAUUGCUCCAAGAUUCAAGUUAGCUGUUGAAUACGCUGCUGCCAUGGGUGCUGACUUAAUUGACGAAAGAAUCAUUGACCAAGGUACCUGGUUCACUCACGUCACUCCAUACAUGACCAUCUUCUUACACGAAAGAGUCGCUAAGGAAAUCUUAGAUGACUUCAGAAAGAGAGCUGUUGACAACAUUCCAGUUGGUCCAGAUUUCGAUGAUGAAGAAGACGAAGGUGAAGAUUUAUGUAACUGUGAAUUCUCUUUAGCUUACGGUGCUAAGAUCUUAUUAAACAAGACUCAAUUAAGAUUAAAGAGAGGUAGAAGAUAUGGUCUUUGUGGUCCAAACGGUGCUGGUAAAUCUACUUUAAUGAGAGCUAUUGCUAACGGUCAAGUUGAAGGUUUCCCAACUCAAGAUGAAUGUAGAACCGUCUACGUCGAACACGAUAUCGAUGGUACUAAAGCUGACACCUCUGUUGUUGACUUCGUCUUCGAAGGUGAUGUCGGUACUAAAGAAGAAAUUAUUGACAAGUUGCACGAAUUCGGUUUCGACGAUGAAAUGAUCGCUAAGCCAAUUGCCUCCUUAUCUGGUGGUUGGAAGAUGAAGUUAGCUUUAGCUAGAGCCGUCUUAAAGAACGCUGAUAUCUUAUUAUUAGAUGAACCAACUAACCAUUUAGAUACCGUCAACGUCGCUUGGUUAGUCGACUACUUAAACACUUGUGGUAUUACUUCCAUUACUGUUUCUCACGACUCCGGUUUCUUAGACAGAGUUUGUCAAUACAUUAUCCAUUACGAAGGUUUGAAAUUAAGAAAGUACAAGGGUAACUUAACUGAAUUCGUUAAGCAAUGUCCAACUGCUAAAUCUUACUACGAAUUAGGUGCCUCCGACUUAGAAUUCAGAUUCCCAGAACCAGGUUACUUAGAAGGUGUUAAGACCAAGCAAAAGGCUAUUGUUAAGGUUUCCAACAUGACCUUCCAAUACCCAGGUACUGACAAACCACAAAUCAAAGACAUUAACUUCCAAUGUUCUUUAUCUUCAAGAAUUGCUGUUAUUGGUCCAAAUGGUGCUGGUAAGUCUACUUUAAUCAAUGUCUUAACUGGUGAAUUAUUACCAACCACUGGUGAAGUUUACACUCACGAAAACUGUAGAAUUGCUUACAUUAAGCAACACGCUUUCGCUCAUAUUGAAAGUCAUCUAGAUAAGACUCCAUCUGAAUAUAUCCAAUGGAGAUUCCAAACUGGUGAAGAUAGAGAAACCAUGGACAGAGCUAACAGACAAAUUAACGAAAAUGAUGCUGAAGCUAUGAACAAGAUCUUCAAGAUUGAAGGUACUCCAAGAAGAAUUGCCGGUAUUCACGCUAGACGUAAGUUCAAGAACACCUAUGAAUACGAAUGUUCUUUCUUAUUAGGUGAAAACAUUGGUAUGAAAUCAGAAAGAUGGGUCCCAAUGAUGUCUGUUGACAACGCUUGGUUACCAAGAGGUGAAUUAGUCGAAUCUCACUCCAAGAUGGUUGCUGAAGUUGAUAUGAAGGAAGCUUUAGCUUCUGGUCAAUUCCGUCCAUUAACCAGAAAGGAAAUUGAAGAACAUUGUGCUAUGUUAGGUUUAGACGCUGAAAUCGUCUCUCACUCUAGAAUCAGAGGUUUAUCUGGUGGUCAAAAGGUUAAGUUAGUUCUAGCUGCUUGUACAUGGCAAAGGCCUCAUUUAAUCGUCUUAGAUGAACCAACCAACUAUUUGGAUAGAGAUUCUCUAGGUGCUUUAUCUAAAGCCUUAAAGGCUUUCGAAGGUGGUGUUGUUAUCAUUACUCACUCUGCUGAAUUCACCAAGGAUUUAACUGAAGAAGUCUGGGCCGUUAACAACGGUAUGAUGACUCCAUCUGGUCACAAUUGGGUCACUGGUCAAGGUUCUGGUCCAAGAAUCGAAAAGAAGGAAGAUGAAGAAGACAAAUUCGAUGCCAUGGGUAACAAGAUUUCCGGUGGUAAGAAGAAGAAGAAGUUAUCUUCUGCGGAAUUAAGAAAGAAGAAGAAGGAAAGAAUGAAGAAGAAGAAGGAAUUAGGUGAUGCUUACGUUUCUUCUGAUGACGAAGACUUUUAA